AUGGCGGAAAUUGCGCAAGACCGGUUGCCACCAGGCUAUCCAAUCCAACUAUCUGGACCACUAGCAUGGACAGGCUCUACGCUAGAGUCCGAAAGUGAGCGGAUCUACAUACGACUUUCGGAGGACGAUGUUCACCACAUUGAUAGAGCCUUGCAGCAUUUCAAAGGCUUGGCCAUCGCCCGCGGUUUCGCAAGCCCGGAGACAUUCCCACUCCCAGAAGAGCUUCGACAGCGCCUGCGCGGCAUUACCAAAGCUGUAUAUGCUGGCCUAGGAUUCUGCGUUCUGCGGGGCCUCAACCCAGCUGUAUACACGGAGGAAGAACGUGUUAUACUUCAUGCUGGCCUUACUAGCCAUGCAGCGAAUUCCCGUGCCCGCAAUAUUGAUCACAUCCGUGACAGGACGAAGGAUAACCCGCUCAACGAGAAGUUGAAGCCUCCAGAGCAGAUCGUCUCAAUGAAUUUCCAUACCGACAUCGACGUCUACGACAUGCUGACCAUGUUCACUCAAAGCGUCCCACUGGAGGGUGGCGACCAGUACCUCUCCUCGAUGACUUCUAUCUACAACAUGCUUGCCGUAGAGGACCCGGAAGUCAUCAAGACCUUGUUUGAGGACUGGUACUGGGAGAGAUCUCACAGGCCCGCGAUCGGCGAAGAAGUCAUCCGCUCCUUCUACCGCCCCCUCAUCGCCCUUGACGACAACGGAAACAUUCAAGUCAACUACGCGGGUGCGUUCAUUGGCGCGAGCGCCACCUAUCCGCUAACGGCCGCUGCACCGGGCCUGAAGCCACAUCAAGAGCACGCCAUGGCAGUCAUCCAGGACGUCGCCCGCCGUGUUCGUAUCCGUCUGGCCCCGCAGCCAGGCGACAUGCUCUUCAUCAAUAACUACGCCGUCCUGCAUGCGCGCGACUCCUGGACAGAUUCGCCAACGGAUCCGACCAGGCGCCGCUACAUGAUGCGUCUGUGGCUGCACGACGACCAACAAGGCUGGGUGUCGGCACCGGCGCUGAAGCGGAAUAUGGGCGACAACUUCGAUCUUCCGCCCGAGAAGCAGGCGCUCAUGACGGGCAGUGAGUGGGAUAAGCUGCCGAGAAGCUGGCGUGUCAAGAGUGUGGGUGUCUCCGGGAAUGACUGCCAUGACUAA